AUGUCCGUCCCUAUUUUUUUACUAACUAAAGUCAAGAACNUUAUCCUUUUAAAUGAAGCAACACCUGAACCAACGCAACUUAUUGAUUGUUUAUUAAAGGAUACAAAUCUUAUUCAGGGUUCUGGUCAACAUCAACAUAGUAGUCAUGAAACAUCAAUUAGUCUUAAAUAUUUAUCGAAAAUCAUUGAAUCUAUUCAUCGAUAUUUCGAACGUCAAAAUGCAAAUAUUUCAACAUUAAUGAUUGAUUUACAACAAUGGAUUCUUUCAAUAUUAAAGACAUCGACUCAAUCAUGUAUUAAUGAAAUAAAAUAUCUUUUCGAAUAUUUAAAUAAAACAACAUGUCAAUUAUCUUUAGCAAUGAAACAAUUUCUUUUUGAUGAAUUAACUAAUUUAUUUCUUGAACGUAAACAACAAAAUGAAUUACGACAGAAAAAAAACGAAUUAGAUCCAUGGGAUCGUAUGAAUAUAUUAUUAAUAACAAUUGUUGAAUGUGCAUUAAAAAAAGAUCAAAUACAAAAUUAUAAAAUACCCUCUCAUCCAUCAAUAGUUCCUCUCGUUGAUCGACGACAAUCACAAUGCACAUUAUUCGAUUUAUUAUUUUUCUAUCUUAGACGAUAUAUGAACGAUUACGUUAUUACUGUUGAAUUUCUUCAUAAAGGAUUAAUGUUAGAGUCACCUGUAUUUUCAAAUAAAAGGAUGGAAAAUGUUGUACGUGAACUUUUCAAACAAUUAAGAGAUUAUUUUCUUCUACGACUUACUGGUUUAUUUCUAUGUCAAACAGAUGUAAAAAAUAAUCAAAAGAAAAAUUUCGAUGGAUGUUUAUCAGAAGUUAUUAGAAAAUAUUUACCGUUUGAUAAAAAUCAAACAGAAUUCACUCAAAAUCUUCAUCUAUUUCUAGCAACAAUUAUUUCAAAACGAUCAUGGAAUUAUUUGUUGGAUUUAUUAAAAUCUAAUCAUGUUCUACAUCUAAAUACUCAAUGGGCAUCAAGCUUACAGUGUGCACUUGAAUCAAAAGAUAUAAUUCAACGUAAUAUAUGCCUUGAAUUUUGUCAACAAAUACAAUUUACACUAUCUUCAAAAAAUACUUCAUCAGUUUUUCCGAAGCUUCAUCAACCGUAUCAAGAAUUAAGUCAACAUUUUGAUACAUGUGUUAAGAAUAAUAAUGAACAACAACGAUGGAAACCAUUUUCAAAUUGGAUGAUAUCGCAACUCACAUCUAAUUCUCCUGAAAUUCAACCAAAUGAAAUGAAAGCAAUGCUUCUAUUGAAAAUCUACUAUGAUUACUAUUGUAAUGAUAAAUUAGAAUUAUUGGGAGAUCUAUUGACAACAAUUACAAAUACAUUACAAUUGAUCAAUCCUGAAUUACAAGUAUUUCGGGCUUUUCUUCAACCGUUACAAUACAUGAUUGGAUAUCCGCAAGCAAAUAUUCUUGGUGAAGAUAAUUUUCUCAAUAGCCUAUUUCGAGUGGAUUGUAAAGAUGACGAUGAACUUUGCAUGCGUCAUACACUAGUCAACCUAAUGGCUAUGAUUUUAAUAGGUGGAAAACAAAGUUUUCUCUGGACAUUUGCAUUUGAACCAUUAAAAUUGCAGAAUACAUUUGGUUUUGGAUCAACAGCACAUCAUAUUAUUACGGCUACCGGUGUUCAUUACGAUUGUGGUUGUGUAAUCAAUUAUGAUGGUGCUCUUGUACAAUUCACAAAUAGAGCACAUCCAAAUCCAUUGAAUGUUCCAGCAGUUUAUGUUGUCUAUUUCUCGACAUUUGGUGCUUUAGCUUGGCAUUUGUUAUUAUUCAAUGAAUCCGUUGAAAAUUUGUAUGGUCCUAUUUUAGCAAAACAUGCUAUUGAUUAUAGUGGAAAUGAUGGAAAAAUGGUUGGCGGAAAUCUUCGAGCAAAAGUCUGUCAUUUUGUUCGUGCUAGAAUUUUGUCAACAUUUCACUUUUUAUCAAUUCGUUCAAAUCAAGACGAAGCAUGUAUCCUACUUAAUCGUUGCUUUGAACAAAUGGCUUUUCUCACAUGUGAUCAACGACAACAUUCAUGGAUUAAACCUUUUUAUACAACAUUAGUCGAUGUACUGAAAGCUGAACAAGAAUAUCAAAAUCAAAUAUUCUAUCCUAUUUAUCAAAAACUAGCUGAAUACAAAACAUAUGUGAAUAGUUUACAAUUAGAAUCACAACUUCAAACUAAUCUACAGGAUUAUAUAAUUCGUAUGCCUAUGAUCAUUCAUUUUCUUCAUUUCAAAACUGAAUUAGGCAAUCCAAGUCAUUCAAAAAUGCCACUCAAUAUUUUACGUAAUCUCCUCAAUUCAACAGAUUUUCUUAAAAUGACAAAAAUUAUUUAUGAUUUAAGUCAAUUUUAUAUUCUAUUGCAUUACACAUAUGCACAACUAAUUGAACGUGAUGAAUUCACAGCAAUAACAUUACGAGAAUUAUAUGAACGAGGCCAGAAGCGUUUCAGUACGAUCUAUAACUUUGAUAAUCGAAAUGAAAAUAAUAAUCAUAUGUUAAUCAUUGAAAAUGGUAUUAAAGCUGUUAAUAUUUAUCAUAAAUUUACCGAUGGUCUUAUACAACCGGGUGCUUGUGAUGAAACUCAACGAUUCUUCAUCAUUGGACAUGAUACACUAGUGUCCUAUUUGGUCACAACAGGAAAUAAUGAUGAAGGAGAUAUUAUAAUGCGAAUAAUCAGGGUUCUUGUCGAUUAUCAUAAUAGCUUGUUGAUUUCGAUUGAGAAUGAAAUGGAUAGUGAAAAUUAUAAUGGUCAUCAUGCAUUAAAGACAUUAGUAAAAGAAAUGGUAUCAAAAGAAAUAUCUGUUCUACAAAUUGGACGUGAUAAUCAUGGUAUUAUAACAUUAAACGAUAACGAUUGUUAUUGGAUCGAAAAACUCUCACAAGCUAGUCUAAAAUGUGACGAAGAAUAUUUUCCAACAGCCAGUACUCAACUUGAUUUUGACUUUCUUUAUGUUCAAUCUUAUAUUAUUCUAACAUAUCUUCUUCACUGUCGUAUUAACUAUCGACAAAUUGAUCAAAAGUACCAAUGUUAUAUACGACGAAAAGCGAUCGAUGGAACAACAACUUCCGAUAUUGAUAAAAUUGAACUCGAUGACAUUUAUUCGGUCUUACUUAAUCAUGAUCAACUUGAAACUGAAUGGAGUUAUUUGAAAGAGAUGCCAUUGGACAAACUUUAUGAAGGUCGAAAUCUUCUCAGACAAAUUACUGUAACAUUGCAGCAUUAUUCAGAUGAUUUAUCUCAAAAAAGUCUUUAUGAAUUCGUUCGAAUGAUCGAUAAUGAGAAUAAUUUGCUUGAACAAUUAAAACAAUGUGAAAUAAAAAAUUUUCAAUUAUGUUAUAUUGCUAAUAUACGUGAUUUAUAUGAAAAAUCCAUGAAUGAUUUUCAAUAUUUGUUCACCGAUGUAUCACAUUUACUUCGAGUUCCUCUCGAUACAGGAUUAAGUUUUGAAUUAAAUCAAAUGUUAAAAACAGGACUAAUUGAUAUUGAAUAUAAAGAUCAAGUCGAUAAAUUACAAGCAGGAAUACAAAUGAUUACAGAUCUUUUGAAUGUAUUGCAGAAAAAUGAAGCGAUUCUUCUACAUCAAUCAACACAAUCACUUAAAGAAACAUGCGAAAUUUUAAUGAUUGAAAAUUCAAUUCUGUCACUAUUACCGGAGGCAAUCAAAUGUGAAAAUUAUGUUCCAGUUAAUAUUCAAUUAAUUCAAGUACGAUCUAUUUUGCAAGAGCGAACAAUCACAAUUUCAGAAAUAGAAACAAACAUAUGGAAUGAACAUUUUGAUACUGAUUUCAAUCAACAACAAAACGAAAAUCGUUUUCAUCAAUAUAUUAAUGCAACAUAUAUGACCACAGAAAACCCUGACAUAACUCCAGAUAAUCCUGAUGAACCUUAUCAAUAUCCGCCUGAGUCACCGAUAUCUGAAAAUGGUAUUGAACCCGACCCAGAGCCAGAGCCAAUAGUUAGUGAUGACGACGACAUAUUUCCAGAACCAAUACCCAGCGAUGGCAUCAUUGACAUACCUGAUGAUCCUCAUCAGGAAAAAAAGUCUCCAUCCAUUUCGAUCAGAUCCGUUCCUUUAACAUCGUCGGUGAUUGCACAAAAUAUACACGAACAGCAAGAACAAGUCGAAGAAUCACUCUCCAAACCGCGAAAAUUUGCUAUUCAUUUUCCUGAUGGCGAGUCAACAACUCACUUGUGGAGAGCUGAAAGAUUGUACGAACAACUCAAUAGAAUAUUUGAUGAGAAGGGAUACGACUUGAACAGUUUUGUCGUUGUGGACAACAAUCAAAUAUUCAUUGAUUUUAUAAACAAUAACCGACUACCACGUCGAUUGACACUUCAAUAUCAUAUUAUUAAGAAGGAUUUGUUGAUUCCAAUUCAUUUUUAUUAUAAAAAUAAUUCAUUCAAAUAUUUGGUAACAUCAAAUUGUGAAAUUGCAAAUAUCGUUGAUCAUUUUGUUGGUGAAAAUAAUCUUCGACCGACGUCAUCUGAUGUAUAUCUUUGUUUCUUUGAUGAAUUGGGAAAAAUUAUUGAAAGCGGAAAAAUAGAAGAUAUUCUUAAAGUCAACAAUAAUUUAGCGCCUUUUCAUGUGACUGUCGAAGAAAUGACAAGUAGUACAAAUACACUAUGUGAAAUCACUAUUCAAUGGUUAAAAGGUAAAUAUAUGUCAGCGUCCAAUCUUAGAUUGACCUAG